UCGGUUCGCCUCAAUUGUUCGCGAGAGUGCUUAAAAUUUGAACGCGCAUGAGUAGAUGAGGUCCGUCCUAUCCCUUUCCGCUCCUCUGAUCAGCCAUGCUUCAGCUCCCUGACAUGCGCAUUCCCGAUAACCGUGACACGCAGCUCGUCCUCGGGGCUGCGGCUUGUGUUGGGGUAAUAGGAGUGAUGGUCCGGGCUUACCUUCGUAAAUCAGACAGUGGUCUUCCUCUCCCUCCUUCUCCUCCCACUUGGGGACUUCGAGGACACUUGCUACCGGCUCACAACACAUCUCUCACUGUCGCGCGGUGGAUUGACGAGUAUGGCCCUCUCGUUACUAUUCGCUCAGGCACCCAGAACAUUGUUAUUAUCGGCCGGUACAAAGCCGCGGUGGACAUUAUGGAGAAGCAGGGUGCACUGCUAGCUGAUCGACCUCGUCUUGCUGCUGCAGAAAUCGUCACCCAUGGACUGGCCAUCAGUUUAUCACCCGCUGGGGAUAGGCUUCGUCGGAAGCGCAGAGCACUUCAUACGCAUCUCCAGUCUAAAGCAGCUGAGGCGUACGAGCCUCUGCAGAUCUCACACGCAAAGGACAUGGUCCUUAAUAUUCUCGAUAAUCCAGACAGCUUCCAGGACCAUGUGGCAACUUGUGCUGCGGCGACGAUCUUGAAAGUUGCAUAUGGGAAGACUACGCCGACGUCCGCAAGUGAUCCUGAAAUCAUAGAGGCUCGCCAGCUCGUCAAAAGAAUUCGUGUGGUCCUUCGCCCCGGCGCUUACUGGGUGGAGGCGAUACCGUGGCUCAAAUACCUUCCUUGGUAUGCGCUAGAUUUAAAGGACGAGUUCGAGAGGACCAAGCGGCUCUUCACCGGCCAACUGAACCGCGUGAGACAGCAAAUGCAAAGCAAAGCAGAUAUCGGCCCAUCGUUUGCAAAAUAUAUGCUAGAAAAUGAAGAUGUCUAUGGCUUGACAGAGACUGAGAUGGCGUAUGUUGCUGGCGCCUUAUUUGGAGCUGGAACCGAAACGACAUCUGUGGCGAUAUGCACGGUGCUAAUGGCAGCCGCACAUUUCCCUGAAGAGCAAGCUAAAGUCCAGGAGGAGCUUGACGAAGUCAUCGGAAGGCAGCGAGCACCGACCUUUGCUGACAAACAAUCCCUUCCUCGCCUGGAGGCCUUCAUCUCCGAGGCUUUGAGGUGGAGACCGUUGGAUGGGCUGCCUCACCGAGCGACUGAAGACGUGAUAUAUGAAAACUAUUGCAUUCCCGCCGGAACAACGGUCACCGGCAACCUCUGGGCUAUCUCUCGAGAUCCAGAAGUCUUCCCUGAGCCCGACGCGUUCAAGCCUCGGCGCUGGAUUGACGACGAAGGUCUUGUGAGAGACGAUCUCACAUACUUUUUAUAUGGGUUUGGUCGGCGCGUAUGCCCGGGUCUACAAGUUGCGAACAGAUCAAUAUUCGCAAAUUUACUUCUUGUGCUUUGGGCCUUCCAGCUCAGUCUGGAUCCUACGAAGCCGCAAGAUGACAUGGGGUUCACGAACGCGGCGAUGCCAAACGUCCCGUGCGCCAUUGAAUUCAAGACGAGGGUUCCGGAAGUGGAGCUUAGGCGUAUGAUGCAGAAUUGUCUUGGGGACUGAUGAGAAGAUUUGACAAGUCUGGGUCGGAUCGCCACUAGGGAGGGAACAAAGAACCAAUUGGGAACAAAUCAUCAAUUAGUUCAUCUCUCUCGGACACUCGUCACAAUUUCAGCUUGACUCCGCGUCCGCCUCGUUUCAGUUUAGUUGGUUAUGCAUCGUUGCGUAUUUCUUUCUUGUGUUCGGAGUUCCUGUUUGACCGCGCAUUGAUAAUUGUGUUCUGUUGAUAUGCGCUCCGUAAUGUCGGGACUCGUUAUCUCCUCCACCGAGAAUCAUGAAAUUGGCCCACUUGGAAGUCAAUGGUAGAACAGUGAGGUAUGAAAGGCUGAGUGCAAGAUGGGCUGCGGCAAGACGUGGGGAAAGCCAG